UUUUGCUUCCACUGCUUAUUUUGAAUUUAUUUUAUGGAUCGUAGAAAAGAAGAAUUAGAAAAGAAACGACAAAAGUUAGCUGAACUUCGAAGGGCAAGAGAAGAACGAAAAGCUAUACUUGAAAGUCAAUCUACUCAAACUCAUUCUAGUACAACUACUACUACUUCGUCUUCAAGUGCUGGAAGAGAUAGACGUGCUAUUGAUGAUUUAGUUGCUCUUGUUCUAGGUGAACGUUCUUCAACUUCAUCUAAUGCUACUGGUGCUGGUUCUGACCGUGGUUCCGAUACUGGUUCAGACUUUACUUCCUCACGUCCUACAUCUGGUAACUACGGUUCUAUUCCCAGUACUCCCGUUAGCAAUGACCCUCGUUUAUCUGUUGGUUCACAACCUAUCAUUCAUACUCCAACUUAUGUAGCCGAACUGACAGAAACACAAGCUUUUAUUGCUGACAUUCCCCCAUUGGAACACGUGGUUUAUAGUAAAGAAAUCCAAACUUCUGAAGGUUCGUUUGAUGUUCCUCAACUAUCUGAAGAAGAAAUUCGACAACAAAUCAUGGAAGAAUUGGAAAUCAAGGAAAAACAAAAACAAGCUCAAUUGGAAGAAGAACGCAAAAGAGCAGAACAAGAAAAAGCAGAAGAAUACCAAGAUCUGACGGAGGAAGAAAGAAAGUUGAUUCUAGGUGCACCUGAAUUCCUCGAUUUUGUGGAUAAUUCAUCCAAAAUGGUGGAACGAGCAUUGAACGAAAAAUACGAUUUUAUGAAAGAUUAUACCCUUGGUGUCGAUAUCGAAAAUGAUGAAAGCUCUGGAAAACGGGUGAAAUAUGUUUGCGAAUUCUGGGAUGAACGAUGGUCAAAGAAUAGAUCAGUAACGGAUGUAGAUUGGUCAUCAAAGUAUCCUGAGCUUUUGGUUUCAUCGUAUAAUAAAAACCCAAUGGCACCAAAUGAACCUGAUGGUGUAGCUCUUGUUUGGAAUUUACAUCUAUUGGAACGACCUGAAUUUAUAUUUCAUUCGCAGUCUGAUGUUCUAAGUGUUAGAUUCAGCAAAUUCCAUCCAAAUUAUGUUAUUGGUGGUACAUAUUCUGGACAAAUUGUUUUAUGGGACACUCGAGCGAAAUCAUUACCUGUUUUGAAAACACCUCUCUCAGCAGGUGGACAUACUCAUCCUGUUUAUUCUCUACAAAUGGUCGGUACUCAAAACGCGCAUAAUCUUAUCUCCGGAAGUACAGAUGGUUUUAUUUGUUCUUGGCAAUUAGACAUGUUAGCCCAACCACAAGAUUAUUUGGAAUUACAACAUGCUGCACAUAAUAAGACUGAAGAAGUUUCUGUAACAACUGUCGGAUUUCCUGACAACGAAACGACUACUUUUUGGGUGGGAACAGAAGAAGGCAAUGUAUAUCAAGCGAGCCGUUAUGACAGUGCUGGAAGUAAAGCUGGGAUCAAUCAAUAUGAUACUUAUCGCGGUCAUUAUGGUGCUAUUACAGGUCUUCAAUUCCAUCCUUUAUCUGGUCCUGUAGAUUUCUCUGAUCUGUUUUUGACUUCAUCUGUGGAUUGGACUGUCAAAUUAUGGAGAGCCAAGUCAGCGUCUAAAUCAUCAACACAAGCUACACCAAUUGCACCUUUGUAUUCUUUUGAACACUCUGAUGAUUAUGUUUAUGAUGUGAAAUGGUCACCCUCUCAUCCUGCAUUAUUUGGAUCUGUUGAUGGCAACGGUCAAUUUGAUUUAUGGGAUUUGAAUGCCAAUACUGAAGAACCAUUUGUUAGUACACCUGUGGGAUCCGGGAAAGCACUAAACAAGUUAGCUUGGGACAAGGAGGGUCGAAAAACUGCUAUUGGUGCCAGUGAUGGUCGUGUUUAUGUUUAUGAUAUUGGCGAGAUUGCUAGACCCAAGGCGGAUGAUUGGCAUUUAUUACAAAAGAAUAUAUCGGAAAUGAUCUCUAAUCAAGAAAACCUUACGAAAUAA